AUGGCUCCCCGCAAGGGCAGUAAUGCCUCCGUGACGCGGGAGAAAAAAGAUCGCGUUCUCCCUGGCGGACGUGUCUCCGGACCCAAAGCCAACGCCUACGCCAACUCGAGGAUCGCGAAAUCUACACGCUCCCCGUCCAAGCCCAAGAGGCCCCCUGGACGCCCUUUCAAGAUGCCGGCCCGAAGCCACUCCUCCCAGCCUUCGUCCCGACCGACAAGCGCGGUCCAGACUUCGGCUACCCCGAGUAUGGCUUCGACUCCGGCCCCGCGGGCGUUGUCCAUACUCGAGACUCUUCCGGUGGAGGUCAUUGAGCAGAUCUUUCUUUACUCGCUGAACCUCAACCUGCCUCGCGCAUCACCCGUCCUCGCCGCUGCGGUCUCAAGAGAUCAAAUCUACCGAAUCCUGAUCAUCCUCGCCUUUUGGGAUGAUCCCCCAACGAAUCCCCGCAGCGAGCCUAUCAAUAGCAUUCUCCGGCCGCUGGACUAUGCGCCCCUCACGUUGGACCAACGAGGCACGCUACAGGAAGCGGUCUUUCGCUGUCGGUGGUGUACCAUGGAGCGUGUGCGCGAGCAGAUCCCGACCAUCAUGAUCCUCACCAUUCACCGGCAAUGGUUCAAUCUGGGCAUCAAGAUGGAACCCGAUCAGAAAGCCGCAUUGGACAAGUUUAUGAACCGCGAGGACGACAUGAUCCGGGUUUUCCGUGGCGAAGGACCACCAGUCAAACUGGCCGCGCAAUUGUGCCAGCACCCCGAAAUGCUACGCGUUUCGCGCAUCCCCGGUCCACACAAGUACGAACUCCACGUCAAGCCCAUGGUUAUGGUGGAGGUACGUUCGGAAACGAUGAAAUCGAUCGUUGCUUGGCCGGCUCUGUCUAUCCUGAAUUUCCCAGAUCACCUCCUUCGUGGUCACAAAACGGGGUUCACCCCGGACGACGUGAUGUACCUAGAGAUGCUGCGCAUGUGCUCGGAUAACUAUGCCCAGAACGACACACCACUCCUCCCCUCAACUAUCUCGACUGUGAAUCGCACCGUGCUACACGAGGGCGUUGGCAAAGCCAUCCGUACACAAAACUACAACGCGCUCAUCUCCCUCCUCAAACUCGACGAAUACAUCUUCCGCUUCCACAUAUCCCGACAAGGUCGACCAGUCUGCUACACUAUCCCAUCAGACCAUUUCUUGACCGUGACCCGAGUUGGCCGCGACAAGCCCCAUCUCAACGCAGCCUUCUUCGAAGCUCUCAUCCGUGCCAGCGCAGAAUCAAUCCCCACCAACGCACCCGAGAUCGUACAGUGGACAUUAGAAAAUGUCCAUCUCUUACAGCGCAAUCCAAGCACGUACAACGAGAUCAACGGCAAACUAGCGCAUUGGUUGUCGAAUUUUGUGCUUCGCUUGCCGGAACAGCUGGAUUAUACCCAGGGAUUCCCGCAGGGUCAAUUGUUCAAUUGUGGUCAGUUGGAUCCACUGGAUUUGGAGGCUUGUCGAUUUAUUGAGGAAGUGCUUGAGCCGUGCCGUGGGCCGCCGACGAAUUGGAUGCCUGAGUCGCAGUUUCGAAUUGAGGAGUGGUGGGUGAAGAAAUGA